AUGACUGAAUCUAUCCAAGUUCAGAUGGACAUGGGUACCGGACCUUUUAAACAACAGAAAGUGAAUGGAGGCAGUUGUCCGACAAAAGAUCGCGAUUUCAAACUUGCUACUCUGACCAGAAACUUUUAUCGCAAUGUUCCCUCGUGGGGGCGCCAAAACAUGGCGUCUGAAGACCAAGAGCGCGCGUCUUGGGACAGCGCGAAAGAUGCCUCCCUGCGGCUUCAAGAAGGAAGCGUGGACCGAGGCACUAGCUGCGUUCAACACCCGUUUCGGUCGAAGAUGUCGAGGCAGCAGAUCAAGUCCAGACUGACAGCGCUGAAAGGCAUCUAUACGUCGAUCAAGGCGAUGCUGGACGGGUCGGGAUUUGGCUGGGAUGAUGAACGUCAUGUCGUGCUAUUGCAUGACUCUGUUUGGGAUGAUUAUGUCAAGAGCCAUCCAAAAGUUGUUGAUUACCGCAGGAAGGCCAUGUCAUUGUUUGACGACCUUCGUGACCUCGUUGAGGGAACAUAUGCUACCGGAGAGUAUGCAUUAGCCUCCGAAGAACCUUGCCCAGGAGACAUUGCUACAUGCCCAUCUUCUCAGCAACUAACGCAAGCAGCAACAUCUUCUGGGCCUGUAGCUAGUGACGAAGCUACAAGCUCAGAUUCGGAGCCUGCACCAGAACCAAUAAUUGCUGCUACCCACAAGGCAGUAAGCAGUAAAGGUGCCAAGAAAAGACGCAACGAAAACGGGGGUGUACUAAUUGCCGAAGCAAUUAGUGAGGUUGCUACGGAAUUGCGCCAUAGAACUACUAAGAUGCGAGCUCUGUCACCAUUGCAGCGUGCCAUCAAGUUGCUGCAGAAGGACUACGCCAACGACCUACAAACGGAAAAUCUUGUUCGAGCUUUCGACGUGAUGCUGGACGAAAAAAAGGCAAAGGGAAUUUUGGUAAUGGAGGCCGGACCAGCCCGGGAUGCAUGGCUGAAUAAGCAACUUCAAAAUGCUCAGACGUUUAUCGUCGGAAUCUUCUUCUUCCAGCUCGCCUUCUGGGUCAUCAGUCCUAUCACGAAAUGGCUUCGCUUUUUCGCUGGGGCAGCGCAUAAGGGUCUGAACACGGGCUUUGUCAUGCGGUAG